AUGGGUGAUCUGGCAUGUCAUUAUGCUUUCGGUCGCCAUCGGAUCGACGUCCAGCGAACAGGGGGCAACAAGGUCUUAGCACUGAAGUUCUUCUGGCUCUUCCAAGUUUUCUACAAACUCGUCCUUGGCCUUAACAAACUAUCCUUCCUCGCUUUCUACCUCCGUCUGUUCCCCACGCGCACAUUCCGCCUCGUCUGCUGGACCAGCAUCGCCUUCGUCGUCUCCACUACAUUCAGCUUCGUGGUCGCCACCAUCUUCCAAUGCAUCCCCGUCCGCGCCAGCUGGAACAAAGACAUCCCAGCGAAAUGCGUCCAGAACGCUAGUUUCCGCUGGUCGUGGGCAGGUAUCAACACAGGGCUCGAUAUCUGGGUCUGUCUACUACCGCUCCCAGUGCUUGCACAGCUCCAGCUCGACCGCACCCGCAAGCUCGGCGUCAUGUUAGUCUUCUGUAUGGGUCUCUUCGUCUGUAUCACGAGUGUCAUCCGGAUGUCGGCCAUGGUAGCCAGUACGAAGACGCACGAUCCGACAUGGGGAUCAUUCGACGCACUGAUCUGGAGUGCCAUUGAAGCCAGUACAGGAAUCAUCUGUGCAUGCUUGCCGAUGUUGAAACAUCCGAUUCAGAAGCUUCUUCCGGGCUGGUUCAGUUCCCUGUCGAAUGGGUCGAGGAAGGGCCGGAGUCGGUCAAGAGCGAAUUAUCAAAUGAGCCGGUUGGGGUCGCAAUCUGGGCUUCGGACUACUGCUCAUGCGGACGAGGAAGACUUGGAUGCCGACGCUGGCAGCAUUGGUAGCCAGGAGCGGUUGGCGAAGAACCAGAUCCUGAUACAAACGGAUCUUAAGAUGCAUAGUGAGCCGGCUCACUCGUGA